GACUUAGCAAAGCCGCCAUGUUGUUACACCGUCUACAUUGACUACAAAAUCACUCCUGCUAGCUACUGUACCUAGUGAGAAGGCUAGCUAGCCGCUAGCCGGGUAACCGACCUAGUUCAUAACAGCGUUACAUCAGUGUGGAAAUAGCGGGCCUAGAGAAGCAAACGCGUCCCACUCCAUGCUGUAGGCACUGUGGCUUCACUAACGUUACGACACACCUGCCAAACUACAACAAGAGAGCGAAAGCUGCGGUGACUUUGCAUUUUCGUUUUUCCGAAGGGGCUGUCAAGACCCGACUGGUUUCAUCGUGCCCUGGUUUUGAGCCAAAAGAAGAGUAAUGUCCUGUCCAUGUACCUCGGCUGCCAGGUUGUUCCUAAACACUGCCCACAGAGGAUUGUCCUGCUCCCGGAUCCAGCUGUAUUCUCUAAGCCGUCAGGGGUCUCGGGAAACUCAUUUACCUCCCCGGGUACGGGUGAGGUCAUUUUCAGAGACUGCUGUCUGCUUUGCCGCUAAAGAUGGGACAACAAAGGACGGUGGAAGUGAUGGUGGAAAGAAAAGCAUCAGUGAGGGAAAGAGACUCUCUGGCUCUGGAGGAUCGGGCAAGGGGGGAAGCCAGCUCCGCUGCCCCAAAUGUGGAGAUCCUUGCACACAUGUAGAGACCUUUGUAUCAUCAACACGAUUUGUGAAAUGUGAGAAAUGCCAUCAUUUUUUCGUGGUACUGUCUGAAACGGACUCUAAGAAGGGACUGAACAAAGAGCCAGAAUCUGCUGCGGAGGCGGUGAAGCUGGCAUUUGCACAGAAACCUCCCCCUCCUCCUAAGAAGAUAUAUGCUUACCUCGACAAGUACGUUGUUGGCCAGUCCUAUGCAAAAAAGGUGUUAGCAGUCGCGGUGUACAAUCACUACAAGCGAAUCUACAACAACAUCCCUGCUGGGAGUCGACAGCAGGUGGAGGUGGAGAAACAGCCCUCUCUAACACCUCGUGAGCUAGAGAUGAGAAGACGAGAGGAUGAGUACAGGUUCACAAAGCUGCUGCAGAUUGCAGGGAUCAGUCCUCAUGGAAAUGCCCUGGGGGCGUCCAUGCAGCAACAGGCGAGCCAGCAGGCACCUCAGGAGAGGAGGGGCGGGGAGGUCCUGGACUCCACACACACUGAUAUUAAACUGGAGAAGAGCAACAUCAUACUUCUAGGUCCAACGGGCUCAGGAAAAACAUUGUUGGCGCAGACACUGGCACGCUGUCUGGAUGUUCCCUUUGCGAUAUGUGACUGCACCACACUAACUCAAGCGGGAUACGUGGGAGAAGACAUCGAGUCAGUUAUUGCCAAACUGCUGCAAGAUGCCAACUACUCAGUGGAGAAAGCACAACAAGGUAUUGUGUUUCUGGAUGAGGUUGAUAAGAUUGGCAGCGUGCCUGGAAUCCAUCAGCUCAGAGAUGUAGGAGGAGAAGGAGUCCAGCAGGGUUUGCUCAAACUCUUGGAGGGCACAAUCGUCAAUGUUCCUGAGAAAAACUCCAGGAAGCUCAGAGGAGAGACGGUGCAGGUAGACACAACAAAUAUUCUGUUUGUUGCAUCUGGUGCUUUCAACGGACUUGACAGAAUCAUCAGCAGAAGGAAAAAUGAAAAGUAUCUGGGUUUUGGCACUCCCUCCAACCUGGGGAAAGGGCGCCGUGCAGCGGCCGCCGCAGACUUGGCCAACACCAGCGGUGAGACAGACACAGUGGCAGAGAUUGAGGAGAAGGACAGGCUGCUGAAGCACGUCGAGGCCAGGGACCUGAUUGAGUUUGGAAUGAUCCCAGAGUUUGUAGGUCGUCUUCCUGUGGUUGUUCCUCUGCACAGCCUGGAUGAAGAGACGCUAGUCCGGAUUUUGACUGAGCCACGAAACGCUGUGGUGCCCCAGUACCAGGCUCUGUUCAGCAUGGACAAAUGUGAACUCAAUGUGACUCCAGAUGCCUUGAGGGCCAUAGCUAGGAUGGCUCUGGAGAGGAAAACUGGAGCUCGUGGGCUUCGAUCCAUCAUGGAAAAGCUCCUUCUAGAGCCCAUGUUCGAGGUGCCACACUCUGACAUCAUGGCUGUCGAGCUGAACAAAGAAGUUGUUCAAGGAAAAUCACAACCCAGAUAUAUCAGAGCUCCAGCCAAGGAGUCUGCAGAAGAGGAAUAUGACUCGGGCAUUGAGGAGGAGAACUGGCCUCGGCAGGCGGACGCUGCUAACAACUGAACCACAUGUCACUCAUUUCACCCUAAAGACAGUCUCUGAAAUCAUUAGAUCACUGAACCUUUGGAUACCAACUCUGGGUUUUACUAUAGCCCCUGACAAACGAGCUGUGGACACUGUAGUAGAGGUAAAGAAGGCUGGUGGUUUUCACUGAAGAGAGUUUUCAUGACGAACAAGUUGAGAGAGUGAAACAACCUUUGGUCCUGUGCAUCAGAUGUUAAUUCUCUAGCGGUGCACUCGCAGGGUGGACCUUUAUAAAAUAUUUCAAUCUCUGGGGAUUGUUAACAUUUUUAUCUAUAUAAAGAUAAUGCAAUUUUAUUCAUGAAAGGAUUUGUAGCUAGUUUGUUUGUUUUCUCUUUUUGUGGUGAUGGUGAUGUAACAGCGAGGGAAGCAAAUGGAAACUGGGAUCAUACUGUACACUUGAAAAGAAGCUGAACUGAGAAAGUGUAGAUGUGAUGUUACCAUGUCAAGUAAUGCCUUAUAUCAUAAGGGCAUAUUAUUCCAUGAGCACAUCAAUAUUUUGAUGUUUUCUUCUUUACCACCAUUGUAAUAAUGGUGUUCACAGUAUAAGUGGGCUCUAACCGUUAAGCUACGCUGCUUAGGUAGCAUUUGUAAGCAGUUUGUAUGAACUAACCUCUAAUUUGGAAGUGUAACACACCAGCACACUAAACAGAGCAGGUGAUAAACAACAGUGACCUUUUAAAAACAGCCAGAAUGGUUAUUUCUCAGUGUUCUGCUUCCUCUUGUAGCCCACUCUUAAGGGAAUGUAUCAGUUUUUACUUACAGACCUCUUUGUCACAGGACUGGAUCAGAACGCUGUCUUUCAAAGCAGGAUUAGCAGCUCAGCUAACUAGCUGCUGUUAAUGAAGUCUCCUCUUGAGUUUUGUUAAGGAGUAGAACUCUUCCAACACACAGCACAUGACUGAAAGAUAUUUUUAAAUCUGACAUUCACGCUUCAUUUCCCAGUAUCAGAUCAUAAUCGGACAGAUAAUCUCUUUCACACCUGACUGGAUGCCGCUCUAAAUCCUGCUUUGUUAGACAUGCCUCCAAACAGCACAAGUAGUUUUAAUUUUCUUUGUGCGUUCCCCAGCGUCAGAAACUCACCUCACCGUUAGUGAUGUAAUAUCCUGUUACUAAGUGGUAUCUCAAUACACACGUCUGUAACCUCUACCUAAAUGCUCUCUGACUGAACUGAACCACGCUGCUGUACUCUUUAAAGAUGCUGUUUGUGCUAUAAAAUAAGAUUAAAACUAGAUCUGUUCUUCCUUUUUGCUUUUAAGUUUCCUUUUCUUUUGAUUAAAAACUGCUUUUCAGAGGUCUGUUACAGAACCUGUAACCCCCCUCCCCCCACACACGUUUGUGAAUCUUAAACUUAUUGUGAUUGUUUAAAAUAUAUGAAUAAAAUGUAAAUCUCUGUACAGAA